GUGUUUAUUUAAAAAAUGGGUUCUAAAAUCGAAUACGUCGAUUCGUCACAUUUGUAUGCUACGAAUUACGUCCGUAAUUCGAAAGCUAUUGGUGUGCUUUGGGCUAUAUUCACAAUCUGCUAUGCGAUUAUCAGCAUUGUAGGUUUUGUUACUCCUGAAUGGAUAGGAGAUCUGGAAACUGAGUAUCCGAGGAAAUUCGGUUUAUGGCAAGUGUGCCGUGCUGAUGAUGCCGUGGAGGACUGUAAAGGAAGAUUAGAUGAGUUCAUGUCAAUAAAUGGACUGGUGUUCAAGAUUGCGACUGUGUUAGUAGGUGCAGCGGUCGCUCUGGCCCUGUUUACAAUAUGUGCGAUGUUAUUGUUCUUCUUCUGCCAGUCAACGACCGUGUUCCACAUCUGCGGAUGGCUGCAACUCCUUUCUGCGGUUAGCAUGGUGGCCGGUGUAGCAGUCUACCCAGCGGGAUGGAACGAGACUGCGGUGCAGGAGACCUGCGGUCCUAUGGCCGACCAAUAUAAUAUUGGUCGAUGCCAUGUCCGCUGGGCGUAUCUUCUGGCCAUCAUCGGUUGCCUGGACGGUAUCGUCUUGGCCGCACUAGCUUUCAUACUAGCCACGCGACACGUUAGGCUGCAGCCUGACAGUGGGUACCCGCCACCUUCGUUAUAUAAAGGUGAAGUUAAUAACGCGUAUGUAACCGACGCAACGUCAGUCUCCGGCUCCCGCAAGUCCCUGGCGCUGCAGCCGGUGCUCAUCAUGCAUCCUCACGCUCCACUUGACAUGGACACCUACUCCCACUAUUCUGGAAGAACUGCAAGGUCAAAGCACGGCAUUUAUGCCAAUACUAUGCAUAAUUACCAAUUGUAAGCUCUGUGCUCUUCGACAACAUUAUAAUAGUUACGAUUUUUGCAGUUGGUACUUAAUUGAUUUUUCAGAAGUUGUAGAAGGAUGGAAUUAACAAAGUAGCUUGCCUUUUUUGCCAAUAAAUAUUUAAAACUGUACAUUACCCAUUCCUAAUUUCAUUUUUGCAAAUAUUAUUAUUGUAUUCACGUACUGUACUUUAAAACCAAUUUAAUUUAAUUGUAUUUAACUUUAAACAUGUAUUAUAAAUUUUUAUUUAAGAUUGUUCUAUAAAUUUACCGUAAUCCAUUACUUUGUCAUUAAAACUUCAAAAAUAUACAUGUAGUAAACAAUGUGAAGUACAUUUAUUAAAUUAAGUAUUUUUUAAUAACAUUACCACUUAAUGUAACGGCGAAAUAAUUUAUUACAGAAAUUAGCUCCUUUUUAAUAAUUUUUACGCUGACAAAUUAUUCAUUAUCAUUAGGUACUACCUGAUUUUUAAUCAUUUACGUAUUUUAAUAUUAUAAACCAUAUUCCGUAAUUAGUUUUGUAAAUAGUUGCUAUUUAAUGUUUUGUAAACUUACUUAAUUUUUAUAACUAAUGUUUAGUUAUAUGUAUACAUUACUUUGAUGUAUUGUAAAAAUGUAUGCCGCCCAAUUUGUAAUAAAAGUAGAACAAAAUGAACGUUCAAUGUCUAAUAAAGGAAUGCAUUAAGAUUAAUAUUUGUUCCGUAAAGUAUAAGAAAACAAACUUGGCGGGUGUCAACAAAAUCUUUACGCGCAUUAAAUUCUAACAAAAUGUCUGGGUUCCACAGAAUUAUAUUAUAACAUAAAGAUAAGUGAUUGUAAAGCAUUACCAACGACUUGUAACAACGAAUUAUCAGUAUGAAUUGUG